AUGCGAGUAGAGGAUGAGGCAAAUGGGGCAGGAGUUGUGUUUGGAACAUCUCAAAGCAUGAAAUCCAACUCCACAUGGAAAGGAGCUUCCUGGGUUGUGGUGGAUGGAAGCUGGCUGAUGGUUCUCUGCUAUGGGAGUACUGGGGCAGUGAGAACAACUAACUUCAGGGAAAACCUGCACGUUUCAAUGUGGAAUCUGGAGUUACAGAAAAUUUGUCCACAUGGAAGUGCAGUGGAUGACACAAAAGUGACUCAGCCAUCCAGUGACCCAAACAGGAGAGUGUCAUCUGUGGGGCCAUGGCAUCAGCAGCAGCAGAAACACCAUUGUCAUCAUAGCCCCUCCACUGGUGCAGCCACCCUACCUCCCUCUGCUCUUCCCACCUUCCCUUGCACCCUGGAUGAUCAGCUGAGUGAAGAACAGAUUGCUGAAUUCAAGGAAGCUCUUUCUCUAUUCGACAAAGAUGAUUCUGGUACCAUCACAACCAAGGAAUUUGACACUGUCAUGAGGCCACUGGAUGAGAACUCAACAAAAGCCAAAUUGCAGAAUGUGAUCAAUGAAGUGGAUGCUGACAGUAAUAGCACCAUUGACUUCCCAGAAUUUUUUGCCAUGGUGGCCAGAAAAAUGAGAGAUACAGACAGUGAAGUAGAAAUCCACUAGACGUUCCAAGUCUUUGACAAGAAUGGCAAUGGUUACAUCAAUGUGGCAGAACUAUGUCAUGCCAUGACAAGCUUAGAAGAAGAACUAAUAGAUGAAGAAGUAGAUGAACGUAUCAGGGAAUCAGAUAUUGAUGGAGAUGGAAAAGUCAGCUAUGAAAAAUUCAUACAGAUGAUGACUGCCACAGCAAGAUGCUGUUCCAAGAAAUUACAGUUUAUAUCCAUUCCAAGUUGUAAAUGCUGGUCCUUUUAUUUUUCUUUCUAA